UUAGCACAGCAAGCCGUCCUCAGCCUCAACUCACUCCAACAUUUCAACCGCCUUUCUUUUUUUUUUUUAAUCUUUUCACACCAGUUGACAAUUCUUUUUUUUUUUUAAAUACAAACCACCAAGCUUCUCCUAUUUUGCUCAAAAACCCUAAAAAUUGAUUCUGCCAUCAAUUCCUUCUCUCCAAAUUUCUUACUUUCUUCAAACUUUUGAAAUCAUCCUCAGUCAAUAGUCGAACUGGACCUCAAUCUUUGCUGCCGACAAAGCUUUCUUAAUUUCUCAUACCUCGAACAAGAUUGAUGUAAAUAGAGUGGGUAGUGGAGGAGGUAUUUUACAGUGUGCACUAUCUAUUGGCACUCCUUAGAUAAUUCACAGGUGAUCAUAGGAAAAUGUGUUCAGCUAUGGAUGAUGAUGAGCCAGCAAUGAGAUGCUUGUGAGGCACUUGGUUACUCCGUAAAUGCUUUGAUAUCUGUCUAUCUCUGUCUCUUUCUUUGUCAGGACUUUGAGAUGGGUUCUUGCUGCUCAUCUGUAGCCAAAGGAAAAAGUGGCAGCACGAGGGAUGGCCAAGUCACAGAUGCAUUCACAACAUCCAACAAGCAGAAGCAAAGGCAAGGGUCAGAGAGAUGGAGGAAGAAAUCAAGCGGGUUAGUGCCCAUGGUUGAGGCAGAGCUCCUUUGUAUAUCAGGGAGAAUGUUUCUGAAUGGUGCCAGCAAGGUUGCAUGCUUGUAUACCCAACAGGGGAAGAAAGGGACCAAUCAGGAUGCCAUGCUUGUUUGGGAGAAUUUCAGUUCGAGAAGUGAUACAAUAUUCUGUGGUGUGUUUGAUGGUCAUGGUCCUUAUGGUCAUAUGGUUGCCAAGAAAGUCCGAGAUUCUCUUCCUAUUAUAUUGUGUACCCAAUGGAAAGGUAUUCUUGCUGGUGAUCAGAGCAGUCUCAUUAAGAGCGAAAAUGCUCCUGAAAGCACUAUCUCCGAGGAUACUUCAUCGUUGAGCAUGGAUGAUGAGUGCUGUGAGAUGUUGGAGAUUGAAGAAAAUGAACAACUCCCGGAGAUGUAUUUACCUCUUAAACAGUCUAUGUUAAAGGCUUUCAAGUUGAUGGAUAAGAAGUUACAGUUGCAUCCAACAAUCGAUUGUUUCUGCAGUGGGACGACUGCUGUUACUUUGGUGAAGCAGGGUCAGGAUCUUGUCAUUGGAAAUGUUGGUGACUCAAGAGCAGUGCUGGCAGUAAGAGACAAAGAUGAUUCUUUGAUUGCUGUACAGUUGACUGUUGACUUGAAGCCUGAUUUGCCAAGGGAAGCUGCUAGAAUUCAGCAAUGCAAGGGAAGGGUCUUUGCCUUGCAAGAUGAGCCUGAGGUUGCACGUGUAUGGUUGCCCAAUAAUGACUCACCUGGUUUGGCAAUGGCUAGAGCUUUUGGGGACUUCUGUCUGAAAGAUUUUGGUUUGAUUUCUGCCCCAGAUGUUUUCUAUCACCGCCUUUCUGAAAGAGAUGAGUUCAUUAUUCUUGCCACUGAUGGGGUUUGGGAUGUCCUUUCAAAUAAGGAAGCCAUCGAUAUUGUGGCUUCAGCCCCUAGUCGCACAACAGCUGCCAGGGCUCUUGUAGACUGUGCUACGCGAGCAUGGAGGCUUAAGUACCCUACUUCUAAGAAUGAUGAUUGCGCUGUUGUAUGCCUCUUUCUGGAACAUUUGCUUGCAAGUAAUGGAGCUGUGGAAGAAAAUGACAUGACAAGGAUUCCUAAGGAAUCGGAAGAGAGAAUGAUGGCUAUUGAUGAUAACAAGGGAGAUUCUCAGACAUUAAGUCUUGGACAAUCUGGUACAUUUCAAGGUUCUACAGAGAUUGUGCCUGUAACUGAACCAACAGAGGAAAGUUUGUCUUCAAAGUUGCCCGGCCAGUCAAAGAGGAGUCUAGCCGAGUGCAUUUCAGUUGCUAAUGAUGAGUGGUCAGCCUUGGAAGGUAUUACUAGGGUUAAUAGUUUAUUAAGCCUUCCCAGGUUUCUAUCUGCCGACAAAAGAUCAACUAGUCGUAGAAAGUGGUAGUGAAAACUUUGCAAAGCAAACCUCUUUUGAUUGAUCUCAAAAUAAUGAAGAAUACAAAUUGCCGAUGUGCAUUUUUAGUAGCAAGAGUCUCAAUAGGCUACGAGUUGCCAGAUGCAGAUGAUUAUCUCAUUCCACGACUUAUGCAGGGUCGGAAUACUACUGAACUACGUGUAUAGCGUAUUAAAAAGAGUGGUUUGGUAGUUGUUGCUGUCACAGAGUAUUAACCAUAAGCGAUAUUUGUUUGUUGAAUUUAAAGCUUAUUGCUGUUGUAUGUUGUGUUUCCUUCCUUUGCCCUCCGUGAACUUCAAUUCUCAACGCUGAUUAGCGCACUGUUGUUGACACGGUCAUCUGUUUAAGCCAUUUUUGCCAGGCGAAUGAAACAAAUUUCUUGUCUUGCAUUUAGUGAAAACAAUAUAUUAAAUGCAAGCUUUUUUUAAAUAA